AUGGCGGAGGACUGGUAUGUCAAUUCCCAAAUCUUCAUUGUACCGUAUUUUGUAGUCAUUUUCGGUGCAAAAGCUCAAGAGAUAGGCUUUGACGACGUACUGCAGAUUACAGGAGAUUGCCUCUUCCCCGGAUGGUUCAGCGCCUUCUUCGUCCCCUUCAUUCACCGCAACAACGCAAUCGUUGUAGCCCCCAACUACCGCUUUGUUCCCGAACAUAGCGGCGCAGAUAUCCUCGAAGACCUGCGUGACUUCUGGACCUGGUUCAACAAAGGUUCAGUCAGCGACUUUCUCGCCUCUCACAAGAAAGGAAGCGGUAUCGAGCUGGACCACGAGAAGAUCUUGGUCUCAGGCGAUUCGGCGGGCGGUUACAUGGCCUUGAUGUCAGGUCUCACUCAACCUCGAGGCAGCAUCAAGGCUAUCCUGGGGGAAUAUCCGAUGACAAACUAUUUGCGUAUCGAACAGAACGACACGUAUUUCGACACUCCCUCUCCACCAGAAUCCGAGCUGGCUGAGCAUCUUUCGACCAUCAAACCGGGUACUAUUGUCUCUUCGGCGUGGCCACCAGCGAGGUUGUCCUUGAACUAUCUUUUAGCAGCAUAUGGACACUACCUCACCUAUUUCGGGGCAGACGAGAAGAUGUGGCCGAUUGGGCUCAUUGAGGAAAAGAAAUGGUUGCCCCCGACUUGGAUUUUCCAUGGAGAUGCGGAUUCGGCGGUUAGUGUAGAGGAUAGUAAGAAGUUUGUAGAGAGAUGCAAAGCCUUGAAUAAGGAUGUGGAGGUGAAGUUGGAGAUUAGGGCAGGGCAGGAGCACGGGUUUAUCACCCCAGUUAAGGAAGACGAGGAACCGUGGCUCAAAGAGGGGUUGGCUUGGGUGGAGGGGAAAUGGCUGCACUCUUGA